AUUGUGUUCUCUUUGAAAUGAGAGUCAAAAUUGUGUUUCAAAUUUAAGCCUAGUAUCGAAGCAAAAGAUUAAUUCAAUUUUAAACUCUGUGAGAACAAAAAAAGACCAGCCGCCCAGUGCUCAGCAAUGAGCGAACCGACGGAACCAUCAAUUGAAGCGAGUGGACCGGAAACGAUAUCAAGUACGGAGGAAGCCUGUUGCCUUCUUGACAGCCUACACCUGCACAUCUACCAUCUUCUGGAGGACCAGGCGGUCCAGAAUCACCAGCUCAGUAGGGAGACAUCGAAGGCCCGCCUGAUCCUGGCCAGAGUUCGCCUGCAGGAGGGCAACCAGCGCACGUCAGCCGAGGCCCAGCUGCCCAGAUAUCGGCCAUUCAAGGCCCUGUGUCGGCUGGUCGAGGAAGCUGGGCCCUGGGGCACCAUCAUCAAGCUAAUUCGAUCGGCAGUCGAGCCCAAUCGGGGUUAUUUCCAGCCGGUGACGUUUAUCUUUGGCGCCUUGGUUCCGUCCAGCCUGCGAGUGGCGAGUCGAAAAUGGGAGCACUGUGUGGAUCAGAUCGUGGACUGUGCCAACACCCAGAGAGAACUGCAAGCGACUAUGGUCUCCAUAAGGCACCUGAGAAGGUCUCUCUCGCUCCAAGGUGUACACAAAUGAUACGCUGUAGAAGGCGCUUUAAUUAUAAGUAAAAAGUAAUGGAAGUAUGUUUUUGCUUCGCCUAAGUCGAGGCUAUAAAUAGACUCGCUAAUAUCAUUGAUAAUUUGAUUCUGCCAUCGUAUUAGUGCAUAUUAGAUGAGCAUUUGGUUCGGUGAGUGAAUGC